AUGCUACGAUGCAAAGGUUGCAGGACUUUAGUUGACAUUCUCAACAUACCAAAUGAGGAACUUACCAGUACAGCGGCAAGAGCUAUUGCCGCGUGCGCGGUAGAAGUUGGCUGUCGAUCGUAAGUGGUGAUAGUGCUAUUCUUAUUUUUUAAAAAUUAUUCAUGUCCUUGGUGUUUCCUUUUUAAAAAAGAUGAUGCUGUGGUUUUCACCGUCCGACAGAAAAGACCCAGAAAAAUUUUCAAUCUUUGGAAAUAAAAAACUCGUAUAGCCCAAGCAGUCAACUCUUGGGCUACAAUCGAUUUAAAGAAAGUUACCAAUUUGUUUGAAAUUAGCCUUUCCAUAGAAAAAAGUCAAAUUUACAAAAUUUCGCACGAAAAGGGUUUACAAAGUAAAAAAAAGCAAUUCCCAUGUUUUAUGGUAAGACUUUACAGGGAUAUACGUAUCGGAAUUCAGUAAGUAAAGCUCGCGUUAUUACAAAACGAUCACUUUUUUCCCUUCAUCUGGUGACUUUUAAUUAUUACAACAAACACAUCGUACAGCUUUUAAAAUUACAAGUGACUUUUGAUCUGGACUAGCUCAGUUGCAUCUAAGUAUACUUUAUUUCAGAGUAUUCAAUAGAUUGGAAGGACUAAGACUUCUGUGGUCCCUAAUGAAGUCGAGAAACAACAAGGCGAGUAGUAUAUGAGUAUAUAUUGAUGAUAUAUUGUACUAAAAUGACAUUAAGGUACUUUUUACAAACGAUCGCAUCGCUACUAGUAGAUUACUGCUAACAGCAGAUUUAAAGAAAACUAAAGGUUUUGCUUGAUGCUGCUGAUUUUUCAGGUAGUUUCUGGUGCAGCGUGGGCAGUGUACAGACUAAUGCAGGACACACCGGUACGGAAUACAUGAAAUUCGAACCAUAUGCACAGAUGUGAUUAUUGGAUAGUGGGCGAUUUCGCCCAAGAAACUGUCUUGACUUGCGUUUAAGCCUUGUUAUAAUGCGCUUAUAGUUAACAAGAAAGUUUUAUACUGGAAAUGCAAUCGUCCAAAAAAUUAAAUUGAGGAGAGUUUCAGAGUUUCCGGUUCACUAGCUACGUGAGGUCGCGUGCACAAACGUUUACUUGAACACAACUUUCAGUUACAUCCGUUCUUACUUAUAUCAGGGUUAAAUUGAUUUCUGUAAUGAGAUCAAAUUCAAAUUUUUCCGUAGGAGGCCUGGGAAACAGCCCGAUCUUUUGUUGGAGGACUGGAUCUGAGUGUUCGUCUGCUUAAGUCACAUGACUUGGAGGUAAGUUGCAACUGUUCACUGAAAAAAGUUGCCAAACUGAAGACAACUAAGAGAAGUGGUUAUCCACGCAUUCUUCUACACACAUUGUAUUCGAAAAGAAACCAUUACAGCCACUCAAAUAAUUUACUUCCGUUACCAUUUUACGUUGCACAUCGCGAAGGUAUAAAACAUCUUUUCAACUAUUUCAGGUUCUUACAAGCGCAUGCGCAGUGAUAUCUAUCGUGGCCUGUGAUCGAGAGAAUCUGGGCGUCAUCACAGAUUACGGCGUUGUUCCUCACUUGGCUCACCUUACGUAUAUGGUAAGAAGAUAAUCCGCUGUACUAAUUUAAAACUGCUGGAGCAGCACAUUCUUAGAGAUGAAUGAAGGGUUUGUUUAUUUUUAGAGAUUAGCAAGGUUAUUGUCAUCAAUAGACUUACAUCAACAUAAAGAUUUCAUUGUUGGCAUUAUCAGUACUUUCCAUCAUCAUUGUUAUCGUUAUCUUUAUCGUCAUCGUUAUGGUCAUAAUCAUAACCCCUCUAACAUCAGUAUCUCUCCUUUACCAUCGCGAAUCGCCAUAACUAUAAGUUGUAAAAGCUGUAAUCAUUACUAGUUGUCGUCAUCUUCGUAAUUGUUGUUUUUGUUGUUGCGUCCUCAUGGAUUUCGACACUCUCAUUAUAUACUCCCGGCUACUGUCAGGAGCCCAUUAUCCGGAGCUAGCAACUCCCAUACUAGGCCUAUGUCACGGCGUUUUUACGGAUCAAUAUAUAUUUAGACACAUUUUAGGGCACUUUUUCCCGCGAAAAUAGAAUCUCCACCAUGUCUAUAGGCGCACUGGAAGUAUAAGAUAUCAAAAAGGAAAACGGAACGUAAUUAAAAGGCAAAAAAUACAUUUUUUAGGUCUGUAGGUGUUGCUGACUAGUUGUGGAGUUUAAAAAAUAUUCAAAAUUUGCGUCAAAACCGUUCUAAAAAUAAACUGGUCCGAGAAAACGAGGUGACACAAGCGCAAGGAAGUUGCUCGCUCCUGCUACUGUAUAUUUCUGAAAGCCUUGUUAUCGGCUAUAGUGUAUGUAUGCGAAGCUUGUUUGCCCAGAAAUGCAAGGUUUCUAUUGGUUUUCUGCAUAGCGUGCACAUGCAAAGAUCGUUUUCACUUGAACUCGUUGCGUCAACAACAUGUCUAUCACCAUAGUCCAUUUUUUGUCAUUUUUCUAGACUGACAUACGUCUUAGGCGUCACUUGGCUGAAGCUAUUGCUAUGUGCAGCAAAUGGGGCAACAAUGCAAAACGCUUCUGUGACGUAGGUGCUGUCAAGCCUAUGGUAGAGUACCUGGGAUCACAUGACAUCAUUGUGCAGCGGUCAGCAAUGCGGGCUCUUGAACAACUAGGCAAGAAUCCGGAAAGCUGUAUCAUAAUGCACCGGAGUGGAGUCGUCAAGGUAACGAGCCUCUUUUCAAAGUAUCAUGACUUUUCCCUUGCUAAACCAAAUAUCUACAAAGCACAUGCUUUCUCUUACUGCUAAGGCCUAAGGCAAAGCAAACGUCUCAAAAGGUUCCAGACAGAAAACGGGUAUUAAAAGGAGCAACACAGCUUUUAAACUCGUUUUGUAAACCAAGUUGAACGUUUCUGUUGCCCGUUUUUAUACUUAGCGUUACCAAGACCAAUUGUAUGAUCCUGUUUUGAUUUGCAGCUCUUGUUGGAGAUGGUUGGUUCUGAUGAUGCUGGACUACAGGAGGCUGCCGCUGGAUGUUUGUUGAACAUGCGACAGCUAGCGAUGGCCAAUGAACGAGCGAGACAGGAGAAGGAAUCGAGGAACAGUGACUCGGAAGCUAAUUGA